GCUGCCAAGUGAUUUUCUUUGGCUAUGGUCGCACUGCAGACGCGCAAUUUCGGAACUGUAAGCGAUGGCCACACUGACGCAGACACUCGACUCUCGAACGAAUCGGUCGCGGUUGUUUUACGGUUUUUUGUUUGUCUAUAAGAAAGCCCUUUCGCAGCGAAGGAAACCGAAAAUGCGCUUGGAAAGUCAGUCGUAGGCGGGGCGAAAAUAGCUGUUGCAGCGGCACGAUUCUAACUGUUUUCUGGCCGGGAGAGGAGUGCGCGAACCAAUUAGAAGUGCAGUUCAGAAUGCGAGCGGAGAAAAGUGUCGGAUUCGGUGCGAAAAUCCGCGAAUAAUUGUAUGCGAUUUCCCGAGGAAAACGGAAAAUAAAGCGUCUGUCUGCCAGCCCACUGUGUGUAUGUGUGUGUACGUGCGUCUGUGAGUGUAUAACAUUACAAAAAACAAAACAACAACAGCAGCAACAACAAGGCAGUCAGGAUCAACGGUUCUUCGGGGUAGUUUGUUUGAGUUUGAACAAAGCAAAGCAAAGCAAACGCAAAAGCAGAGCAAAGCACACGAAACUGGGUGGGAGAGAGAGAGAGAGAGCAAAUAGAGGGGGAUAACGGGAAAAUACACCCCACACACACUCACACCCGCUUCUAACCUUUGUGUGCGCUUUUGCCGCCUGGAAAUGCAAUGCUACAACAACAACAUCACCGGGACAUGAUGGGUUGCAGGCGUGCAAGCAACAACAACAUCGCUAACAUCGCUUAAUUGUCUGCAGCAUCGUUGGUCGAAAAAUCAAGCAAACGAUAGCAUUAAGUCGCCCUGAGAUAUUUGCCAGUCGGAAGUGCACUAUCACAAGGAAAUCACAAGGAAAUACUGAAAUAGCUUGUACUUUCCCUUCAAAAUGAAAGAUAAUAAAUAAUCAAACGUAAAAGUCACCCCAGUAAACUGAUACCGAGUAAUUGAACGACGAACGAAACCAAUCGACAUCCCUACCAAACCAGCUAACUCUAAGAAACAUGGAUCUAAGUCUGGAACGCGAUAGCUCCGCGCUGGGUAGUCUGUUUCAGCAGAUUAUCAAUGACAUGAAGAACACUUCGCCGCUGUGGGAGGAUUUUGUUGCGAAGGCCGGAAAACUGCACACUUGCCUGAGGGCCGCCAUCCAAGCAAUCGCCGCCUAUUUGGAUGCCUUCCAAAAGAUAGCCGACGCGGCGACCAACUCAAGGGGCGCCUCCAAGGAGAUCGGCACCGCCCUGACCCGCGUUUGCCUCCGCCACAAGGCGGUGGAGACACGUCUAAAGACCUUCACCAGCGCCAUCAUGGAUUGCCUGGUGCAGCCGCUGCAGGAGAGGAUCGAGGACUGGAAGCGCACGGUGGCCACCAUCGACAAGGACCAUGCCAAAGAGUACAAGCGCUGUCGCAGCGAACUGAAGAAGCGCUCCAGCGACACGCUGCGCCUGCAGAAGAAGGCGCGCAAGGGUCAGACGGACGGAUUGCAGUCCCUGAUGGACUCGCACAUGCAGGAUGUCACCCUGCGCCGGGCAGAACUGGAGGAAGUGGAGAAAAAAUCCUUGAGGGCAGCCAUGGUGGAGGAGCGGCUGCGCUACUGCAGCUUUGUCCACAUGCUUCAGCCAGUGGUGCACGAGGAGUGCGAGGUCAUGUCAGAGUUGGGUCACCUGCAGGAAGCCAUGCAGUCAAUUGCGCUAGUGACCAAGGAGCCCAGUGUCCUGCCCCAGGCCUCCGAGGAGCUAAUCCACGACGCUAAGGCCAGCAUUAAUCUGUACCCGGAGUCCCCGGGUGGCGGCUCCGGCUCGCAGGGCGGCGGCUGCUCCAACUCGCUGGGUUCCCGAAAGAGCUCCGUCUGCUCCAUCAGCAGUAUGAAUAGCAGCGGCUCGAGCAACUCUCCCGGUCACCAUCACUAUCCGCGCUCUCUGUCGCAGUUUGUAACGCCCGCAAUUCGCUUGAAACCUGGUGAAUCCAGUGAUAGUGGCUUUUGCUCAUCGCCAGCUCUAACAACACAGACUUCGAAUGCAACGAAUCAAACGGCAAGUGUCUCCACCUGGCCCCCACAUUCCCAGGAUGGCGUCGAAGCACUGCCACCGACCGCUGACCGUCCGCACACGAUUUCGACGGCAUACGAAAAGGGUCACCAGCGUCCGCCGCUGACCGUCUACACGUUUCAAAAUCCGGAGACCAUUCACGAGUCGGGCAGCUGCCUGAACAAUGGAACCGCAGCGGGAACCCCGAAUGGACAGCCGUCAUCCGGACAAGCCACUCCGGCCACCCAGAAAUCACCGGCUGUCUCACUUAGUCGGCCUCCCUUGCCAGUUCGCUGCUCGUCGCUGGAGCGACCCCUUUCGGCCCAGAGUAACCACCGCCAGGGAAGCGGGAGCAACCUGCUGCAGCGCCAGUGCCCUUCGCCGAUUCCGGCUCAUAUCACGAAAGAGCUGUCCGCAGCGCAUCAUGCACAGCAGCAGCAGCAGCAGCAAAAUCAGCAGCCUCAGACGCCGCCCACCUACGUGAACAUGUCCGAGCUGGCCACCAUGGCAGCUUUGAAGCAGACCAACCUGCAGCAGCAGCAGAAGCCCUCCACUCCGCCUCUGCAGCAGCAGAGCUCCAUUGACUCGAUCAGCUCGCAGCAUUCCAACGACUCCUCUGGCUCGCAUCAGCUCCUCCAGCAGCAGCAGCAGCAGCAUCAGCAAUCGCAGCAGAAUCAUCACCCAGCCACUGCCACACGCUCCCAUUCCAUAUCCUCGACGGCCUCGUCACUUCACUCGCAUCCGUCGAUCGACUCCACCGUCGCUUGCGGCUCGCUGAUGGGCCAGCACAACCACAGCACCAGCACCAACACGAACACCAACACCACAUCGCCGUCCAGUGGCAGCUCCACGCCACAGAACCAUUACUCGCCCCUGCUAACCAACUCCCCCACGUCCACUGCCGCAGGUACUCCCAGUGGCAGCAGCUUAGGUCCUGGGUCCGGUUUGGGAUUUGUCUACCAGGUCAGCUCCCCGACACCGCCCUCCAGCGAGGUGCUGAAGAUCACCGAGCAGGCCGCAGCAGGACAGGAUCAGGGAGCAGCCAACAGCGUUGCAGACGAGACGGAUGAGCGAUCAAGGGCCUCUGUCCUGCAGAAGGCUUCGAUGUUCGAAAAGGCGGCAGCUGCGGCUGCGGUCUCGCCUCCAGCUCCCAUUCAGGUUGCAUCCGGUUCCCCAGCUUCGGGAGGCGGAACUCGACGAUCCGAGGCGGAGCAGCAGGAAAUGGACAAAUCUUUCGAAGAUUCAAUACAAGCACUAAAUAAUUUAAUUGGCGAACUAGACUCGUUCCAACGCGAGAUCGAUGAGGGCAAGGUCAAGCCGCCGAGCAGCAGCAACAACAACCAUACGACCACCAGCAGCAACAGCAGCAGCGACAACAACAACCCGCCCGCCACCAGCAACAUCGAGCCCUGCGCCAUCAGCAAUCAGACGAACUCGAGCGGCUGUGGAACGGACAUAUCCGACACCACGUCCGACGAACUGGCCGGCGACGAAAUGGACGUCAGGCGGCGGGAUCGAGACCGGGAUCUGCUGGGCGCCAGCGAUUCGGAGCUGAGUCGCUGCUAUGUGAGCGAGACGAGUUCGCUAACCGGUGGCCUGACGGCCGGCGGCUAUGAGAAUCCCACUUUCGCGCACUUUGCCGCCAAUGCGAAUAGGGAGGACGCGGUUUCGCUGGCCUCCGACAGCGUUUGUCUGGGCCAGCCACGCCACGCCUACGUGGAUACGUGCAGCGACAGCGGCAGUGCAGUCGUGGUGAUCUACGACCACCAGAUUCCCAACACGCCCGACAUUGAGUUCGUGAAGCAGAACUCCGAGAUUGUAGUGCUGCGGACCAAGGAUCCGCAGCCCCACGCGCUGCAGCUGCACGAGAUGCGCGAGCUGCAGCAGUUGCCCGCGAAUUUAACCGGCUCACCGGACUCCUCGCCGGACUCGGCCGGUGGCCAGGCACCGCCAACAGCAACUGUGGCGCCCGCCAAGCAGCGACUCUCCUCGUUUCGCGCCACCAGCGAGCAGCAGUUGCAACUCCUCGGACGCGGCAGUCCGCAAAGAGGUAAAACACCCAGUGAGCAGGCAGCACAGAGCAGACCACAGGACCAGCAUUUUCCACAGACACAUCAGCAGGAUGUGAUCGAUGGCAGUAGUCCACCAGUAGAACUUGCCAGGCGCCAGCUGCCCCCCAAGCCCACCAGCUUGAGCAUUUUCAACGACCUAGUGUCCACUGCGGUCGAUAGGCCUGUCGUGCCCCGAAAGUCGGACUUUAAGGCCGCUCUAGAUGCUAAAUUACGCAGGCAAAAGCUGAAGGUUAAACAGCAGUUGCAGCAGCAACAGCAGCAAGAAACGCAGCAGCAGCAGCAGCAGCAGCAAGCACCACCAGAACAGCAACACUCACCACAGUCGCCCCAAACCAGAAACUGUAAUGUCACUAAUCAACAAGCCGCCAAUAUUACUGCAUCUGCAUCUGCAUCUGCAACCGCACCUGCAUCCACAGACCUGUACCCGAAUCAAAACCAUAGAAUGCCAAACCACAAUCAGACAGCCACAUCCAAUCACAGGCAGUGCAAGACGCCCACAAUGGCAUUGUCACCGUCAUCACCUCGCGGCCAUUUGCCAUUAUCACCGUUAUCACCGUCAUCGCUAUCGUCAUUACCAUUACCAGCCACCACUUCAUCACCAUCAAAUGCUCGGUCAUCGAUGCUGCCCGCCAGUGAGCGACCACCCGCCCAUCUAUAUGUGUGCUCCAAUGCCCCAGCCAAUCCCCAUCAUGCCAAUAGCGUUACCAAUGCCAAUGCCAAUGCUAAUGCCCAUCUCAAGCCGUGCAUUUCGCCCCGGCCGGCUUCGUUGUCGGGAGGAGCAGCCGGCGGUGGCUCCACGCGCAUCGGACGGCGCUCGUCCAUCAACCAGGCCAAGCCACCGCCGCCAGUUAGACGCAGUUCGUCGGUGACCCCCAGUCCCAAUGCCUCGGUCGGGCUGCAGCAGCAACCACAGCACGCGACUCUGUCGCAGCAGAGUCACCAACUAAGCAGCUCCAGCGAGCACUUACCGCCGCCACCGCCAUUCAUGCUGGACGCCACGCCCCAGAUUCCCAGCUCCGCGCUGAAGGUAUCGGAGACCGUAAGAGCCCUGGCAGCCAUGCGGCACCAGCCGGCGUCACCCGUGUCCCUCAGGCGCAUGCAGCAGCAGCAGCAGCAACAGCAGCACCAGCAGCAGCCACAGGUGCAGCAGCAGCAAUCCCUACUGCAGUCUGCGCACAAUUCCCCCCUGAAAGAUGACCUGACCGUGUACUACGACUCCUACUUGGAUCUGCACGCCUAUGCGCAGGUCUUGGCCACUGGCCAGCAGCCAGGCGGCCAGCAGAUGGCCAACCAGCAGCGCUUUACCCACCAGCAGCCACUUCAGCAUCAGCAUCAGCCACCGCCGCCGCCUGUCUACCAAGUCGAUGCCACGUUCCGCACCUCGUCACCAGCCGCGGGCGGAGGGGGUGGCGGCGGCGGCAUAUACGCCCAGCCCAAACUGGUCAACAGCAUGUCAAGCUUCCGCACCAGCAGCCCCAGUCCCAAUGGACAUGCUCACCCACUGCCACCGACACAGCCAAAGGCGAAUCCGAACCUAAUUGCACAGCUCAAUGCACGACUCAGCGGGAAACAGCAGCAGCAGCAGCAGCAUCAGCAGCAGGUCGAGGGGAUCUACGGCAACCAGCAGGCGCCCGGAGGAGAGUCGCUCUACAUGCGGAGUGGCUUGUCCAUGUCGCAGCCGCAACAGCAGCAACACUAUGACGGUAAAUCUGACCAAAUCCAGCUGCAGCACCAGCAACAGCAUAGAAUUUACGCUAGCUUCGGCACCUCAUCAUCAGCAAUGUCAUCGGCCCAUGCGGCCAACAGCAGCACUAAGCCGUCCAUUCUAACACCGACCACCUCUUUCAAUGCAUUGCCUCACUUUCCCCUGUCUUCAUCCACAUCAUCGUUGCUCUCCAAAGUCAGCUCAUUCUCGAACUCUUCAUCCGCAUCCGCAUCCCCACCGACAACGGCAGCGGCCCCUGGCUCGGCCAAUUCGCAUUAUCAGCCACCUCAGCCGCCGACUGCAGCAGCUGCUAACAGCAAAGACAUGGCCACCUACUCAAGUUCGUUUACCAAAAAUCCAGCAGCUGCGCAAACGCCGAGCAUGAGACAGGCUCAUUCCCAUCAGCACCACCAGCAGCCGCCACAGCACUACACCUGUCCGCCUCCUCUGGAGGAUCCCCCACCGCCGCCCAUUUACGCCGCCGGUGCAUCGGCUACGAUGCCCAAAAAGAUGGCCCGUCCGCCCACUGGCCAGAGCGCGUCGCACUCGAGCGCCUAUGCAGCAGCCUCGUCCACGGCCACGCUGCCCAAGAAUAUGAUGCAGCAGCAGCAGCAGCAACGGUUGCAUCAGCAGCAGCAGCAGUAUCAACAGCCGGCAAGCAUGGGCAUUGGCAACGGCAAUGGGCACCUAGGCCAGCGUCCGCAGUUGCCGCUGCCCCAGCAGAAGCUCAGAGCUGCACAGCAGCAGCACUUGGCGGAGCAGCAGCAGCAGCAGCAUCAGCAACAUCAGCUGCAGCAGCACCACCAACAGCACCAGCAGCACCAGCAACGCCAGCCACCCAUUCCUUCGCGCCACUCGAGUGUGCAGCAAAAGAUAUUCGUCUCCACGAAUCCAUUCAUACAGACAACGGCCGUCAAGUUUCACUCGCCCUCGGCCUCGCCCACGUGCGGCUCUCCCGUCACUGGGUCUGGGUCCUUGGCCAGCAUUUAUGCCACAACCUCGCGUGGCGGCCACCAUCACCAGCAGCAGCAGCAGCAGCAGGCUCAGCAGCAGCACUACUAUCGCGAUGCUGUGGGGGGCAACAGCAACGGCGGCGCUGCCUACUAUAACCACAAUGCCCAUGCCCAUUCCCAGGCACAUCAUCCAAACUACGCGACAAGCACAAAUAUCGAAAAGACUGGCAGUAUUCGGGCCAAGACCAAGGCCGAAUUCCUCGAGAAUCUCAACGCGAAACUGGCGAAGCAGGGAAUGUCUGGACGAGCAUUUGCCGUGCGAAACCUCAUCAACAGCAAGGCCCUGCCGGACCCUCGCAUCUGUCACGAGUCGCUGAUGGAUCAAAUAAAGCGCGGAGCCACCCUAAAGCGUAACCAGAAGAUAAACGAUCGCAGCGCUCCCAAAAUACAUUGAAAUAACCUAUAGGCUUAAGCGAAACAGCAUAUUUAUUACCAUAAUAAUUAAUCUAUGAAUAACCAUGAGGCCCGACGCCUGCUCGACUGCAGAGCUCUGCAGAGUUUGGUUUGAAACUGAAAACUCGAAAUACAGCAUACAACUUAAACACAUAUGAUUACGAUACAAUAUAUUCGAUAUAUGAUAUUUAACAAGAGCAUUAAGCAUAACGCGAACUAAUCAACACCUUUCUUGAUUUCCUAUAUCCCAAAAAUGUGUCGAAAGGCUUUUUCUGUUAAGUGAAUACCAUAUGGAAGACAGUUAGCACUCGUAUGUUUAUUUAUAUCUACAACUCGAAUUUAUCUUUAGAGCACUUCUGUUAAAAGAUAUUUUAUGUUUAUGUAUUUCCCAUAUUUAUAAUUUCCCUUGCUUCUGUACAUACAUAUAAAUAUGAGUUUAACAAACACUCGAAACUACUAAUAUGACGCCUAAUAAAUGGAAUUUAUCGUAAA